AUGUCAGCACAAAAGGUCGCUCUGAUUACCGCUGGAACCGCGGGCUUAGGAGCACAAAUAGCACGCACGCUUGCGCCUGACUUCAGGAUUGUAAGUCUUGACACCGCAGACCGUCGUUCAAGCUCUGAUUGUUUGCUUCGCCAGGCCAUCAACUAUGCCAACAACCAAUCAAGAGCCAGAUCCUUGCUAGAAGAGCUGGAGAAGAUCCCUAACACAGCAGCUUCCACGCAGUCACCACGUUUCGAAGCCUUUCAAGCCGACGUAGGAGAUCGUCCUUCCAUUCAGAAGCUCGUUGGACGGACCAUCAGCACUUUCGGCCGUUUGGAUGUGGUUGUGUCGAACGCCGGCUGGACCAGGAUCACCAACUUUGCGAAUCUCGACGAAGGCAUGGUCGAUGAGGACUGGGACAGAUGCUUCCUGUACAACGUGAAAUCCCAUCUCUGGCUCAUGCACGCUGCCAAAGCGGAGCUCGAGAAGACCGAGGGUGCUUUUAUCGAGACUGCAAGCAUUGCAGGUGUCAAGCCAAGUGGCUCGUCUCUGCCCUAUGCUGUCACCAAAUCUGCAGCCAUCCACCUGUCAAAGUGUCUGGCUGUGAUAUGUUCUCCAAAGAUCAGGGUCAAUUCGGUUUCUCCAGGCCUGCUGCUGACCGAAUGGGGCAUGAAAUUCCCGGAGGAAAAACGCGAGGCUGCGAAGAAUAACACCAAAUUGAAGCGAUUGGCCACCGUCGAGGUAAGUGCUACCUUUCGAGAGCAGCCAAGAAGUUCACAGCUUGAUGUUGAGAAUAGGAUUGCGCGACCCAAGUCAGAGCGCUAGCACUGAAUCGAUCCAUGACCGGCCAGAAUAUCAUAUUAGAUGGCGGACUCACGUUGUAG